AUGAAUGUACGGGAGACCCCAAAGGAAGGAAGAAGAACCGUUAGAAUAGCUGCAUCACUUUCACGAAACAUAUCAUGUUCCCCUUCGGUGCAAAAGGAAAACACAGUGGAAAAUACACCGGUUGUUAAUACUGAUAUAAAACCUGAAGAUUCUACAGGUCAGAGUACUUCGAGAAGGAACCUGCCCUGCAAUGCCACUACCUCCACCACCUUGCAGCUUCAAACUGAGAAAUCUGAGAAUGAACAGGAUUUGAAGAUUACCUUGGAUACACUCCAUCCAGCUGACUCUGGUACAAGACUUUCUGCAAUCACUAAACCUGUUGAAGAUGCGAGUGGGCUGAUUGCAUUACUAAAUGAGUUUGAGGAGAUGAGCUUGAAUCCUGUUUCUGCGCUCUAUUCAUUCUGUCAACGGAAAGGAUGCAGUCUGCAUUUCCAAGAGGUAGAAAACUCAGUCGUGGAUGGGUUCAAGUUUCAAGAAGGUUCGGGUUUCAGCAAAAAAGAGGCCAAGUACUAUUCUGCUAAAAUUACAUUGAAACAACUGCGACAACAGUUACAGCAAAUUGCACCCAAGGCAGCUCCUGUGCCAGAUGAUACAAAGCUGACUGCAGGUGCCAGAUUAAUUGGGAGAAAACCAUACGGUCUGAGUGAAAAUCUAAUCAUUCACCCGGUACGUUGUGCAGCAGUUGGCAAUUGCAUAUUGAAUAUGCUGUUGGAAUCUCUUCCCAAGUACAAAAGCUGCAGAGGGAACCUUGCUGCUUUCAUCAUGGAGAAAGUGACUGAAGAUGGCAACAGUGAGCAAUAUGAAGUGGUUGCUUUAGGAACAGGCGAUACUUGUUACAGCAGUUGGAUCCGUUUUGAUGGUCGUUUACUUCAUGACUGCCAUGCUGCAGUAAUUGUAAAACGGGCAUUGCAAAGAUAUUUGUUUAAGCAGCUCCUUCUAUUCUGUAGUAAUGAUCCUGUGGGUUUAGAAAAAUGCAUCUUCUACAAGUCUUCAGGAAGUGAUUUGCUAUCCCUCAAGAAAAAUAUUUUUUUCCAUCUCUACCUUAGCAAAGUUCCAAAGGGGGCUGCUCAGAGCAUUCUCAUGGACCCUGUGCCAUAUCGAAACCCUGAAAUGAGACUUCACAUUCAUUCCAAAGGUUCCAUUAUGCCAGCAGCAAGCUGUCGCCCUAGUGUGACAGCAACUCACGUUUGCUGUAUGACAGCAAGUGAUAAACUAAGCCGAUGGAUGGUGCUGGGAGUCCAGGGAGCUCUGCUCAGCCACUUUAUCAAACCACUAUACAUCACCAGUAUUGUCCUUCCUGGCCCGUUUCAUCCGAUGCAGAUUGUCAUAAAAGCAAUCAAUCAACGUGUGGAUGAGAGUUUGAAUGAGAAACUUCCUGACCUGUACACUGCUGUGAAAGCACACUUCUCCCAUUGUGGUGAGGGGGAACCUAAGGAGGCGGAUCCACUUUACGGAAAGCUGAGCAUAAACUGGUGUCGGGGAGAUAACACCGUGGAAAUUGUGGAUGGGGUGACAGGAGAGAUUACAGAAGACUCCCCUUUUAAAAAUGGAGUCAAUACAGCCAGCCGUUUAUGCAAGGCUGCUAAGCUGUAUUCCUUUCGAUGUGUUGCAAAGGAAAUGAACAGACAGGAUUUGCUGGACCUGUCAACAUGUCAUGAAGCCAAGAUGAAUGCCAAAACCUACCAAGAAGCUAAGAGUAUUCUAAAUUAUCAUUUCAUAUCCACUGGAGCAGGGCCAUGGCCACAGAAGCAACUUGUUGACAACUUCAGCAAAUAA